GAGAUCCCAGCAGGAUUCCGGCACUGGGAGAGCCUCUGGAGCCCCGGGAGAUCUCCAUUCUGCUGGAGAUCCUCCUGGUUUUGUGGGGCUUGGAAGCAGAGUGAGCGUUGGAAACGCGGGAUCAGCUGGGUUGUCUCAGCAACAGUUGCCUCGAUGUCGCUGUAAAUGUUUAAUGGGAAGCUGAGCCACCUUCCCUGCCCAGAUGGCUCCGGUUCUGGAGCUGGGGAACACGGAUUAACGGGGAACAGGCAGAUGUUGCCUCACCAGAAGGGUUUAAGCUGUAAUUAGAUGAGCUGGGACGGGGCUGUGGGGGCAGAGCAUCCUCGGAAGGGUUCAGGGGGACACAGGAGGAGCUUCCAAGGUCCUGGUGAGGUCUGAACCUCCAAAAAUCCCGGGAUGAAAUGCAGAGUGCCGUCCCCAAAUCCCUGUGCUGGCGGAUGGAUUAACCCCCAGCUCUCCCAGUUUGUCCCAGCUCCCAGUCCAGGGCAUCCCUGGCAGAUGAUGGGAAUUGUCAGGAUGGGAAACGGGUCCUGUUCCGUGCUGGGAGCUGCCGUGUGGAAUCCUGGCUGGAAGCACCUCAGGAUCUGCCUGGUUCUGAUGUUUUUUCCCCCCAAAAUAACAGCUGAUAUUAAUUCAGGCUGGGAGAUGCGUUACCAAUCCUAAAUGGAUUUUGGGAGAUUACACACUUUAAUAAAUCCAAUUUUUAAGAGAUCAAGCUAUAUAUAAAAAAUAAUAAAAGAAUUGAUGCAACAUAAGGCCCAUAAAAAAAAAUAAAAUAAAGGAAAAUCCAGUGAAAAGAAGCUCCAAUUAUCCAUAAAAUAUUUCCUGAGACAAAACAACACCCAUGUGCCUGCUCAUUCAUAUAAAUCCAGCAUUUCUGGAGUUCUUUUUCCCACCUCUGCUGUGCAUGGAGACGUUUAUAUGCAGGGAAGGGAUUUGGGAAUCUGUCUGAAGGCCUGGAAAGGCAGGAAAUAACAUUGGGAUUGAUUUGGGGAUAGGUGGAAGGAUCUGCAGCCCAUUCCCAGGAGCUCCCUGGAGUUCAGCACCUGCGGGGAAGUCGAUGCUGAGCUCCAGGGAAUGUCAGGGAGAUGCCAGCAGAGCAGAGCCAGGGUUAUUUGGGGAACAGGACGGUCAGAAAUCGAGCUGGAGCCGUUUCACAAUGCCAGAGAGGCUCGAGAUUUGUUUACAGAGCCCGAUGACAGCGGCUCAGCGCCGAGGGAAAAUGAGGAAUGAUGCAAGACGGCAGGAAUGGACAAUGGGAGACGGCAGCAUGGAAUCCUCAUGGAAAAAAACUCUUCUGAGUGCUCAUAAAACAUCCCUGGGGACAAGAGGCACUGCCUAUGUGCUGACCUGUUACUUCACCAACUGGGCCCAGUACCGGCCUGGUGAGGGCAGAUACACCCCUGAGAACAUCGACCCCAACCUGUGCAGCCACCUGAUCUAUGCCUUUGCUGGCAUGAACAACAACGAGAUCACCACCUAUGAGUGGAACGAUGAGACCCUGUACAGGUCCUUCAAUGGCCUCAAGAACCAGAACAGCAACCUGAAGACUCUGCUGGCCAUUGGAGGAUGGAAUUUCGGCACCGAGAAGUUCACCACCAUGGUCUCCACACCCCAGAACCGCCAGACCUUCAUCAACUCCGUGGUCAGAUUCCUGCGCCAGUACGGAUUUGAUGGGCUGGACCUGGACUGGGAAUACCCCGGCUCCAGGGGCAGCCCUGCCCAGGACAAGGCUCUCUUCACCGUCCUGGUUAAGGAACUGCUGGCAGCCUUCGAGCAGGAGGCCAGGCAGACCAACCGGCCCCGGCUCAUGGUCACCGCCGCUGUGGCCGGAGGACUUUCCACCAUCCAGGCUGGCUACGAGAUUGCUGAGCUGGGCAAGUACCUGGAUUACAUCCACGUGAUGACCUACGACUUCCACGGGCCCUGGGAUGGCUCUGCAGGCGAGAACAGCCCCCUGUUCAGCAGCGGCAGCACCCUCAGUGUUGAAUAUGCCAUGAACUACUGGAAGAACAACGGUGCCCCAGCUCAGAAGCUCCUGGUGGGAUUCCCAACCUAUGGGAAAACCUUCACCCUGCAGAACCCAUCCAACACCGCCAUCGGAGCCCCAACCUCCGGGCCUGGCCCCGCGGGACCCUACACCAGGGAGGCCGGGCUCUUGGCUUACUACGAGAUCUGCACCUUCCUGAGCUCUGGAGCCACCCAGGCUUGGGAUGCCCCUGAGGAUGUUCCCUACGCCUACAAGGGCAGCGAAUGGGUCGGCUACGACAACGUCAAGAGCUUCAGCCUCAAGGUGGACUGGCUGAAGCAGAACAACUUUGGAGGUGCCAUGGUGUGGACCAUCGACCUGGAUGACUUCACUGGCACCUUCUGCCACGAGGGCAAAUACCCCCUGAUCUCCACCCUGAAGAAGGGCCUGGGGCUGUGAAUGUGCCGCUGCAAGAGCUCUGCACGGCGCAGUCCUCACAUCCCUGCAGCUGCUGGAGGUGCAGGUGGCAGUGGGAGUGCAGGAGGAGCUGCAGUGCCGAUGGUGGGGACUGGCCAUGGAGAUCCUGACCCCGUUCCAGCCCAGUGAUCCCUCUGAUCCCAUUGCACACAAAAAUGAGAAUGAUUAAAUAAAGCUUUACGCAAA